AUGCAUGUGUGUAACUCAUGUCAAUUGUAUCUGACGUCGCUCUAUGCUGCCACUAGGUCUGCCCGUCAUGCGAAACGUCUGCAAAAGGAGCCUAAGAGUGAGACACAUGCUACGUAUGACGAGGAAACCGAUUCGGACGAGCAGCUGGAGGAAAAGCGGACUACCAAUGUGGGUUUUGCGUUUCUAGCAGACUCAGACGAGAGCGACAGCGAAUAUGAUCAAGAGAUAGAAGAAGAGAAAGAGGGAGAAAAGCUGAAGAGUUCUGGGGUUGCGGUAGCUUCAGAACCCUUGAAGAGGAAGAAAAAGAAAAAGAACAGAAAAGGCAAGAAAAAAUGUUUAGUUGGAAACAACGAUGGCAAGGAUGAAAAAAAGCAGUUGGUGGACGACAUCUUGGACACGUUGGCGGCCGAGGCUGGCAAUUUGAGUGUUGACGAAGUCGCGUCUGUCCGCAAUGAACAAGAGCAGUCGCUGUUUGGAGUACAACUUAAAUAUGCGAACGCAGACAAAGAAAUGAAGAGAAUUCUUGGGGUAAAGGAGGGCGGUCAAAACAGCAGCAAAAGGCGUGGUCCUCGAAGCGCUAGAGUGAUAACGAAGAAAGUAAUGUUAGUAUCACCGUUGGAUGAAUGGCCCCGUCCUCCUACGUUUGUUGGUGGUGGCAUUCGCUGGACACGCUCUAACAAACCCAAGGGUCCUGGUUGGAACAGCUUAUGCAAUUACUUUGAGAUCACGCGGUCGAUGGCUUAUAAGAAGUUGCAAGAAGAAUUUGAACUCCUUCAGCGGACGCACGACCCAAACCUUAUAGGUCAAUUCUUGCAGCGUCACCCGUACCAUAUUGACUCGUUGCUCACGAUGAGCGAGGUGUUCCAGCACCAUGGUCAAAUGGACCACGCCACUGACUGCAUUAAGAGAUGCAUGUACGUGCUAGAGCUUGCGUGGGCUGACCAGUUUAACGUCUCGAAGGGCAAUUGUCGCAUGGACAUCCAAACGGAGCACAACGCGGGCUUUUUCAAAGCCUUGUUUUUGCUGAUGAAGCAAGUUGGGCGACGAGGGUGCAUGCGAAGUGCCUUCGAAACAGCCAAGCUACUGCUUAGUUUGGACCCUCAAGGAGAUCCGAUGCAUGUGCUUUUGGCGAUUGACUACUACGCGCUGACGUCUCGUCAAUGCCAAUUCCUUGUCGACUUGUUCGAUUCCAAGACACCUGUAGUAGAUCGAUUUUCUAGCAGUGACACGACUACAAAAAAGAAGAGUGAUAAGAAAGCUUCUCAAGGCGCGGCUGACACCGUUGCGGUGUUGCCAAAUCUCCAAUUUUCGCUUGCUCUUGCCCAUUUCUUCUUAGGUAACGAAACGAAUGCCAUAGAUCAGCUGGCCGCAGCGUUGCUGAAGUUCCCGACAAUACUCAAGCCGCUUCUGGAGAAAAUUGCAGCCAAUCCGUCCUCAUCUUUGUGGCAGCCAAUUUUGUCAAGUCGCGUGUUUGCCAAUGCUCGAAGUGUUGAUGGAGAGCUCAGCGUACUCCAGCGCUUGCUGGAAAUUUACGUGACAAGAAACCACUCUAUCUGGAAGGUGAACGACGCACAGGCAUUUCUCCUUCGUAGCGCACAGCACGCGCUUGCAACUCCAACACUAGUGUCGGCAAACCCUCAAGUGGUGAAGUUGCCCGCAUGUUUCGACAAGUACCUUCGUGCUGUCGUUGCAGACUACUCGGAUGAGAUCACGACGUUGCCUGCAGAUCACCCGAUGGUUCAGCCACCGCAGCUUCAGAACGGCCAGCCGCUGGAUGCCGAUGCCCUUGCUGCGCUUGCACAGGCGCAAGAGGAGUUUGUAGCCGGAAAUUUGCCAGCUGAUGCCAACCCGCUGCUGCUGUUUUUACAGACACUGCUACCAUGGAACCACGUGCAAGGUGCUGGUCAGCAGCAGCAACAGCAACCACCACAGUGA